AUGACAACCGUAAAUCAUAUUAACUCCAAAGAUAAAAAAAAAGAACAAGAACAAGUAACAAACAGUCCAGUUAAAACAACUUCCAAUGAGAAUCCCGUUGAUAAUGAUGACAGCGAUAGAGUUGAACAACAACUAGAAACAAUGUCUACUAAAUUAUUAGAAAGUAUUGAUAAACAGAGCACUUUGGAAAAACAUUUGUUGGAUACACAAAAACAGUUAAAAGAAAAAGAAAUUUCCUUUUCAGAUUAUCAAAAAUUGAAAUCUGAUUAUUCCAAUUUACGCAAGAGGUUUCAAAAAAAUGAAUUGCUAUUAAAAGAGAAAAAAGAAGAAAUAACCAAAGAAACUAAUGCUAGAAAGGCGGCUGAGGAAGAGGUAACUAAAUUAAGAAAAGAAGUUGAAGAUUUAACCGCUUCCUUAUUUGAAGAAGCCAAUAAGAUGGUUGCCGAGGCCAGAAAGGAAACAUAUGCAAAACAAAUGGAAAAUAAAAAGUUGGAAGAAGAUUUGAAAGAAAAACAGACUUUGCUAGAUGCUUUGAAUCAACAAUUAAAAGAUUUGAAAAAAGUUAUGUAUCUUCUAGAAAAUGAGAAUGUUAAUUUAAGCAGUAGAAAGUCAUUAUUACAAAAUAGCAAUGCAGGAGAUACUUCCUCUAUGAUGACUUUGGAGAGAGUCGCAACAACUGGGUCCUAUUAUAAUAAUGGUAUAAAAACUAAUGUGAUAGAUAUUUCAAGCGUCUUGUUUUCUCCAACACCCCCAGGGAUACGUUAUGACACAGAAUUAUAUAAUGAAUUUUUAAAGUUUAUUGCUGUUUUGCCAUUGGUUAACUCAAUAAUAGAAACAAAAGAUGAUUCUAAACUAUUGAAAAGAUUAAUUGUUAAUGAAAUUGAACCAAUAUUGAAAAUUGAAGGUGCUAGAGGCAUACCGUGGCAAUUUCGAAACCGAAUAAUUCCAUUAAUGCUUGAUGGUCUUUUAAUUGUGGAGCCUAUUAGUGGAAUUAAUGAAACUUAUCGUAACGGCACAAAGUUGAAUUUGGACAGUAGUAAAGAUACAAAACUCUUCAAUUUCCCUAUUGAUUCUCCGCCAGUAGCAGUAGCUGGUUCGUGCGCGUUUUGUGGCGAAUCCAGGAAUGAUAUUUUAGAGCACGGUAGGUUAUACUAUUUGAAAACAUUAUCUAAAAAAGAUGGUACCGUAACAAAUAAUUUUCCAUUAUGUCAUUACUGCUUGCUAAAAGUUAGACAAUCUUGCGACAUUUUUUCAUUUUUACGAACUUUAAAAGAUGGUAUAUGGAAUUUGGAGCCAGUUACUUUAAAAGGUAUCGGCAGAGGAGAGACUUCCAAAUAUACCUCACGCUAUGAAAAGCCGAACGUCAACUCUAAAAGGAAAACAAAAGAUAUUGUUCAACAACAAAGAGUCAUGAGGGAAAAAAGGAAUAAACGUAAAAGUUUUCUGGGUGCAUUGAGUUCAUUGACUUCCACCACUGUUUAUGAACCUCAAGUCUACCUUAACAAAAGGCAAUCCUCUGUAAACUCUGUUCUAUCUACUUCAAAUGGUAAUAUUAGUAACGAUGGACUUCCUUCAACUAAUAUACAACGUGCUUGGAUUCAAUUAUGUAAACUACGUGCUGUGUUAAAUUGGACAGCCAUUGGUAUUUGGUCGAUCGAUGAUUCAAUUCAAAUGAAAAUUAAUCCCUUGAGUGUAAGCGAGUUAGAAGAAAUGGAUGCUCAACAAAAAUCAAAUCAUAGUUCCAAAGUAGUAGACAGUAUCAAACGCGAUACUAGUGAAAGAACUGCUAGUGACUCGUUUAAUUUUGAAGACCCGCAUGAAAAAGCAAUUUUGGAUAGCGAAACUUCUGCAAAUACACUAAAUAAAGAAACUGAGGAAAAGUUAAAGGAGUCGGAACGUGAGGCUGCUUUAAAUAAAUUGGUUGGCAAUGAAAAUCCUAAUGAAUCUCCUGCUGUCGAGGAAAACAAUUCAGUGGUUAAGAACUCUUUGGAAGAGGGCAGUGAGGCGGACGAUUCUUCGUUAAUUAUUGAAUCAGUAAGAAAGAUUGAUAAUGACGAAAAUGCGUCACAAAAGAUAGAUAAUAAUAGUAAUAGCUCUGUUAUAAUAUCAACCCAAGAUACUCCUGAAAUAAAUGAUAAAGAAACAGCUUCUGUUAUACCCGUCAACAAAUCGAUAGCUAGUUUUGCCACGGCAAGAACAGCUGCAAGUAAUUUCAUUGUUAAUCCAGAAAGUACCAAAGAAAAAGCAAACGAAAAAAGAAAACAGAAUAGAAACACUAGUGUAUUUGAUUUGAGUGAAAGUGUAGACUCACCUUCAAAUGAAAGUACUAUUUCUACAGAGGCUCCAAAUUCUGGUGAUACUGCGACUACUAGUAAGAUUUACUCUUCCAAAAAGAGCACAAGUACUGCAAAAUUAUAUGAUGAUCUGGAUGCUUUGAAAAAAGACUUUGAAUCAACAUUAAAUCAAGAUAUAGAAUAA